CCAUCUGAUACAAAAUUCGUUCUCUAUCCUUUCUUUUAUGUCUAAAAAUAUCCCAACUUUCCUCUCUGAAGGCUGUCUAACUCUGUUCCGCCUCACCAUGUCGAUCACCGACCCUUGGCCCUUCUCUUAAACAAUUUUCCCCUUUGCAGGACUCUGAAUUCAUCCAUAAAGAUUCAAUCUCUAUCCUUCUCCAUCGCUUCUUCUCUUCAAUUUGUACAGAUUAACCAUGCGGAAGACGCGGGGUUUCAGGCUUGGACGAAAGCUCUUGACGGUCUUCAAAUGGGCUCUAACGCGUAAACGGAAGCAAUCCUUGUACAAUCGUUUAGAGGUCCCAUCACCUCCGAGCAGGAAAAGCAAGACGUUGUGGAAAAUCAAAGACUGGGGUCGCACUCUGAAGCGAAGAGUGAAGGGGCUAUGCUGUGGGAUACCCACGCCAGGAUACGAGCGUUUAGGGCAGAAGUCAUUGGCAGCGAAGCCGGUGACGGCGGUGCCCAAAGGAUACUUGGCGGUGUACGUGGGAGAGAAGGACGGAUACUCACAUCGGUUUUUGGUACCUGUGAUCUACUUCAACCAUCCACUGUUCGUGGAGUUGUUGAGGGAAGCAGAGGAGGAAUACGGGUUCCAGCAUCCAGGUGGAAUUACUAUCCCCUGCCAUUUGUCGGAUUUCGAGAACGUACAGACAAGGAUUGCCGCCGGCGAGGGGUUCCGGAAACGGGCAUUGAAGUGUCGCAGUCGAUGACGUUGAUCAUGACGAUAAAAAUAUAUCAACGAUCACCAA